UUUUCCCCCAAGUUUUUGAGAGUUGACCAAGAUAAAGACAAGGACUGUAGCUUGGACUGUGCGGGCUCUCCUCAAAAAGCUCUCUGUGCCUCUGAUGGAAGGACCUUCUUGUCCCGCUGUGAGUUCCAACGCGCCAAGUGCAAAGACCCCCAGUUAGAGAUUGCUUAUAGAGGAAACUGCAAAGAUGUGUCCAGGUGUGUGGCCGAGAGGAAGUACACCCAGGAGCAAGCCCGGAAGGAGUUCCAGCAGGUGUUCAUCCCUGAGUGCAACGAUGACGGCACCUACAGCCAGGUCCAAUGCCACAGCUACACGGGAUACUGCUGGUGUGUCACGCCCAAUGGGAGGCCUAUCAGCGGCACGGCCGUGGCCCGCAAGACACCCAGGUGCCCUGGCUCUGUAAAUGAGAAGCUGCCACCACGAGAAGGCACAGGAAAAACAGAUGACGCGGCUCCCCCUGUACUGGAGACUCAGCCCCAAGGUGAUGAAGAAGAUAUUGCGUCACGUUACCCCACUCUCUGGACCGAGCAAGUGAAAAGUCGGCAGAACAAGACCAACAAGAACUCAGCAUCGUCAUGUGAUCAGGAGCACCAGUCAGCCCUGGAAGAGGCCAAGCAGCCAAAGAAUGACAAUGUGGUGAUCCCGGAGUGUGCACAUGGUGGCCUGUACAAGCCCGUGCAGUGCCAUCCCUCCACCGGGUACUGCUGGUGCGUGCUGGUGGACACAGGCCGCCCGAUUCCUGGCACAUCUACGAGGUACGAACAGCCCAAAUGUGACAACACAGCCAGGGCCCACCCGACCAAAGCCAGGGACCUGUUCAAGGGCCGCCAGCUCCAGGGCUGUCCUGGGGCCAAAAAGAAUGAGUUCCUUACCAGUGUCCUGGAUGCGCUGUCCACCGACAUGGUCCAUGCUGUUUCCGACCCGUCUUCUUCCUCCGGCAGGCUCUCGGAACCCGACCCCAGCCACACCCUGGAGGAGAGAGUGGUCCACUGGUAUUUCAAAGUACUCGAUAAAAAUUCCAGUGGUGACAUUGGCAAAAAGGAAAUCAAGCCCUUCAAGAGGUUCCUUCGGAAAAAAUCAAAACCCAAAAAAUGUGUGAAGAAAUUUGUUGAGUAUUGUGACGUGAAUAACGACAAGUCCAUAUCGGUUCAGGAGCUAAUGGGGUGCCUGGGAGUCACCAAGGAAGAAGCCAAAGGGAACACCAGGAAGCGCCACACUCUUAGAGGAAAUGCUGAAAGCAGUGCUAAUAGACAGCCAAGGAAGCAAGGAUGAACAGCUCACGUACCCACGGCAGUUCCUAGACGUGUGGGAGACUCCCUCACCAAAGAGCAAUUAAAAACCAAAAACACAUAGUAUUUGCACUUUGUACUUCAAAUGUAAAUUCACUUUGUAGAAAUGAGAUAUUUAAACAGACCGUUUUAAUCUGUGAAAAUGGAAUGGCUGGUUUCAAAAAAAAAUUAAUCACAUACAAUGUAUGUGCCUUCCUUUGACCCUGGAAGUCUUACUUGGUAGGGGCGCGCUUUGGCUGCGUUAAGUGGAAUUUCUUUGUCCUGCCGAUGCUGACACAGAGGAAGCCUCAGUGGACGGCUUUGUGGCUCCAGCACUCUGCCUUUCUUCCUGACCGGCACAGGCACGUAGAGUCAAGCCAACAGCUUGCUUUAUUUGACAACUGCUGCCCUCGCAGCCUGGCUGAAUCCGGGCUGGAAGCGCCACGUUGCCAUGCAAGUAUGUAAAGUGCUGUGCUGUGCUGUGCAGUCCACAAGGGUUGGGUUUACUUUUUGGGAUUUGCUGUUAGUUUGUUUUCUGUAGCUUUCCAGAGAUAUUGCAGGCGCUGAGUUAAGCAACCACUAAAGGAACCCAGUAACUAAGGUAGUGCUCUGUAGAGAACGCUUUUCUAAAGCUUUCAGCGUGCCUGCCUUUCCAUUGCAAGCUUCUGUUCUGCCUUUGGCUUGGAUUAACCAUGCAGUAAAAUGCAGAACUGUUCCUGCUGCCCACAGGCAGCAAGGAGGGGCCCCUCGUUCAGAAAAGUAAGUCUCAUCAUGGCACAGUGAAGCCUCUAAGCCCGUUUGUUGGCCUGGCCUUCCUUUACACCUGGCCACUGCCCAUCUACCUUGGCCCACCCCAGGGCCCACUGGAAGGUAGAAUGAUCAGCUGAACAAAUCAUGAGCAGUCCCCUUAAAGAGGGCACAGCUGAGAUAAGCUGGACCAUGGUGUUGGUCUCAGCAGCCAAGAAGUUCUCUUAGGCAUCCUACCGCCCCUUCUGAAUGCCUUCAGGGCACGGGGACUUGCUGAGGGGAAACUCCCCAGAGUUGACUUGUGCAAGCAGGGUCAGGGAGCAAUGCCCACACUGUGAACAGCACAAUUGGCCUUGUGUGUGCCUAACUGCCACAUCCAGACCUGGACCUAGAGACCUGCUCUUUAAAGCCAUCUGCAGCCUGGUGUGAGGGCGCACACAGGCUUCUUGCAAUGCUCUCUCAGCUAGGCUUUUCCUUAGAAAAAAAUCUCCAUGGCUCCGAAGCCCCCGACACAUGUCCUGUAAAAUGAUGUUUGUGAAUAUGCAUGAAGAUAUUUCAUUAGGCUUUUUCCUUAUUUCAUCUAUCCAAAAGUACAAACUGAACCUUUGGAGCUACCAAAACAAAGCUCAAUUGCAUGUCAGCAUUAUUU